UUUUCUGUUUUCAAGUCAUUUUGAUAAGAAAAAAGUCAUUUUUACCUCAUUAAUAGUGUGAGUCUGUGUUAAAUUCUUUUCCCUUCAAAGUGAAGCAUUAGUUUUGGGUAGUUAACAAGAACUUUCUCUUUCUGCUUUAACUCUCUUUUGUUUCUUUGUUGCAUUGAUAUCUACACAAGUAUUUUUACUUAAAAGUAGUACUACUACUUGUUUUGACUUCUCGAAAGUUGAAAGCUUUGUUGUCUAAAAAUUUUCUUUAUCUCUCUGCAAACAAGGAUAGCUUGUUUUCUUGAACAGAAACUGAAGUUGGGUUUUUAAGAAAAAACAAGAAAAUGGGUGCUUCUGGAAAAUGGGUGAAAGCUUUGAUAGGAUUCAAGAAGUCUGAAAAAGAAGAUCAUGAGAAGGUGAGUGGAAAGAGCAAGAAAUGGAAGCUGUGGAGGAGUUCAUCAGUGGAUAUUGGAGGGUCUACGUGGAAGGGAUUUAAGCACAGAAAUGGUGGUGUUGGGUCAGAAGGGUCAGAUUCAUCAUCAGUGAACAAUGAAGCUUACUCAGCUGCUGUAGCUACUGUGGUUAGAGCUCCUCCUAAAGAUUUUAAAGCAGUGAGGGAAGAAUGGGCUGCUAUCAGGAUUCAAACUGCCUUUCGUGGUUUCUUGGCAAGAAGAGCAUUAAGGGCCUUGAAAGGAUUGGUAAGGCUUCAAGCACUUGUUAGGGGCAGACAAGUAAGGAAGCAGGCUGCAGUCACUCUUAGGUGUAUGCAAGCUCUGGUUCGGGUACAAGCUCGUGUUAGAGCUCGUCGUGUCCGUAUGUCUAUAGAGGGGCAAGCUGUACAGAAGAUACUAGAGGAACACCGUGGCAAACUUGAUCCUUUGAAAGAAGCUGAGGAAGGAUGGUGUGACCUUAAAGGAACUCUUGAAGAGGUUAAAACAAAGAUACAAAUGAGGCAAGAGGGAGUCUUAAAAAGAGAAAGAGCACUUGCAUACUCUCAAGCUCAAAAGCAGUCAAAAUCAAGCCAGAAUUUUGAUUCUAGAACCACUAUCUCGGUUCCAUCUCUCAAAAAUCUUGAUUAUGAUAAGAGUAAUUGUGGAUGGAGUUGGUUAGAACGUUGGAUGGCAGCGCGGCCAUGGGAAAACAGAUUGAUGGAACAAGCUUAUAACGAUUCUUUGGAGACCACACCAAAGGCUAAGGACAAUCAGUUGAAGACAUCUGAACCUUGCUCUGUGAAAGUGAAGAAGAACAAUAUGACCAAAAGGAUAUCAGCAAAACCUCCGUUGGUGAUAGGCCACACUACUCGUUCUUCAUCAAGCCCGAGUUCUGAAUUCAGAUAUGAUGAGAGUUCAGCUUCCUCUUCAUUCUGCACAUCAACAACGCCAAUAUCCGGGAACACAAUGUUGGCAUCAGAUAGGACUGAAGACAGCAAUAGUAGUCGACCAAAUUACAUGAGCCUAACUGAGUCAACGAAGGCCAAGCAGAGAAAUCAGAGAAUCCUUAGACAGUCAAUGGAUGAGUUCCAGUUUCUUAAGAACUCUGGCUUACUUAGUAAUGGUGACUCGAAGAGUUGUGCUGGUUAUGACAAUAUGACAAGGCCUCUUUGUCUUCCUACUCGAAUGGAUAAAUUAUCUAGACCAAGGGACAAAGAGAAUUGUGCCGGUUUUGAGUAAUCAAAGAAUGACUAGGCUUAUGGCAGCUCUUACAACAGCUUGUUGUUGUAGAAAAAAAUCAAAAGUUGGUGUUGGGUAUGUUUAAUUUUUCCUGGACUUAGUUUGUGGGUUGUCAUUCGUAG